ACUGAAUGUAGCUACAUAUUUCCGACAGCUCAUGAACGCAUCACCGGAAUCGCAGCGGAGAUCGGAUCUGAUCCGAGAACAGCAACAAGCAGAACUUUGCUUUAUAUCUGAUCCUGUGAGAAAUGGCUCCUAAAACACCAAAGAGGAUUCUGUGGUCCGCCUUGGAGAAUCUGUCCAAAGAGAACUUUGAAAAGUUCUGCCACGCGCUGGUGGACCGUCCACAGGACCCGCGCGUGCGGAGGAACCGAGUAGAAGGCAAAAACUUCCUGGAUGUUGCAGAUGUGAUGAUCUCCACUUUCACCGGGAUAGAAGCGCUGAAGGUCACCGAAGAGAUCCUCAGAGACAUCGGCUGCAGUGAAGACGCAGACGAACUCGCAUCUGAAGCUGCAGCUUUACGCUCAUCAGCCCCCGACUCCACUAAUGCAUCUAAAGCAGCAGCUUUACGCUCAUCAGUCCUCGACUCCACUAAUGAGGAACAUUUUGUGGACAAACACAGAAACGAGUUGAUCCAGAGGGUGAGCGUCGUUGGACCCAUCCUGGACAAGCUUUUAAUGGAAAAAGUGAUAAACCAUGAAGUUUAUGCUGAGAUCCAUUCUAAAUCCACCAACCAGGCCAAGAUAAGAGCGGUCUACGAUGGUCCUCUGAGAGCUGCCAGAGCCUGCAAAGAUAUCUUCUACAUAAUCCUCAAAGAUCUGGAGCCUUACCUCAUCAGAGACCUUGAAGGAAAUUAAAUACUGAAGUGAAUUUUCUUUUUAAACAAAGAGCACAGAAUGUAUGUGGAAAACAUUCUUUUCAUAAAAUAUUUUCAUUAGAUUCAAUAAAAUGUUUUAACACUA